AUGUUAUGCAUUUUUUUCUUCUUCUUCCUCUUCUCUUUUUGUUCUUGUUUUUCUUCCUCCUCUACUUCCUCCCCCAUUUUUUCCUUUUCAUUUUCUUCUUCCUUCUUUCCUACACUUUCUCCUCUUCUUACUUCUCUUCUUCUUCUUUUUCCUCUUUUUCAUCUUCCUCCUCUUUCCCCUUAUUCUUAUUCCUCUUUUUCUUUUUCUUCUUCUCCUUCUUCUUACUCCUCCUCCUCCUCCUCUUCUACUUCCACUACUUUUUAUUCUUCUUCAUCAUCUUCUUCAUUCUCUUGUUCUCCUUCUUCUUCUCCUUCCUCCUGUUCCUUUUCCUCCUUUACUUCCUCCUCCACUUUUUCCUUUUCUUUUUCUUCUUCCUCCUCUUCCUACACUUCCUCCUCUUCUUGCCCCUCUUCUUCUUUUUCCUCUUUUUCAUCUUCCUCCUCUUUUCCCCUGUUUUUCUUUUUCUUCUUCUUCACCUUCUUCUUAAUCCUCCUACUCCUCUUCUACUUCCACUUCUUUUUCUUCUUCUUCUCCUUCUUCUUAAUCCUCCUCCUCCUCUUCUACUUCCACUUCUUUUUAUUCUUCUUCUCCUUCUUCUUAAUCCUCCUCCUCCUCUUCUUCUACUUCCUUUUUUUAUUCUUCUUCUUUUUAUUCUUCUUCUCCUUCUUCUUAAUCCUUCCUCCUCUUAAUCCUCUCCUCUUACUUCCACUUCUUUUUAUUCUUCUUCUCCUUCUUCUUAAUCCUCCUACUCCUCUUCUACUUCCACUUCUUUUUCUUCUUCUUCUCCUUCUUCUUAAUCCUCCUACUCCUCUUCUACUUCCACUUCUUUUUCUUCUUCUUCUCCUUCUUCUUAAUCCUCCUACUCCUCUUCUACUUCCACUUCUUUUUAUUCUUCUUCUCCUUCUUCUUAAUCCUCCUACUCCUCUUCUACUUCCACUUCUUUUUCUUCUUCUUCUCCUUCUUCUUAAUCCUCCUACUCCUCUUCUACUUCCACUUCUUUUUCUUCUUCUUCUCCUUCUUCUUAAUCCUCCCUAUUCUUCUACUUCUACUUCCACUUCUUUCCUUCUUCUUCCUUCUUUUCUCUUCCACUUCUUUUCCUUUUCCUCCUUCUUCUUCCUCCUCUCCUCUUCUUCCCUUCUUUUUUUCUUUUCUUUUCUUCUUCCUCCUCUUCUUUACUUCUUUUACUUCUUUUCUUCUUCUUCUCCCUCUUCUUCUCCUUUUCCUCUUUUCUUUUUUCCUUCUUCUUUCUUCUUAAUCCUCCUUUCCCCUUCUUCUUAUUAUUCUUCUUUUCUUCUUCUUUCUCCUUGUUCCUCCUCCUCUUCUCCUCCUCUUCUCCUUCUUUUCUUUUUUUUCUUCUUUCUCUUGUUCUCCUUCUUCUUCUCCUUCCUCCUUUUCCUUUUUCAUCUUCCUCCUCCUCCUUCUUCUUUUUUCUUUUUUUUUUUCUUCUUUCCUUCUUUUCCACUUCCUCCUCUUCUUGCUCCUCUUCUUCUUCUUUUCCUCUUUUUCCUCUUCUUCUCCUCCUCCUUUCCUUUUCUUCUUAGUAUUCCUUUUUUCUUUUUUUUCUUCUUCCUCCUCCUCCUCCUCUUCUCCUCUUCUUCUUUUUAUUCUUCUUCUUCUUUUCUUCCUGUAUUCCUCUUUUCCUCCUCUUCUUCCUCCUCCUAUUCUUCCUCCUUCCUUUUCCUUUUCUCCUCUUUCCUCUUCUUUUCCUUUUUCCUUUUCCUCCUCUUCUCUUCCUACACUUCCCCCUCUUCUUGCUCCUCUUCUUCUUCUUUUUCCUCUUUUUCAUCUUCCUCCUCUUUUCACCUUCUUCUUAGUAUUCCUCUUUUUCUUUUUCUUCUUCUUACUCCUCCUCCUCCUCCUCCUCCUCUUCUACUUCCACUUCUUUUUAUUCUUCUUCGUCAUCUUCUGCUUUCUCCUGUUCCUUUUUCUCCUCCUCUUCCUCCUCUACUUCCUCCUCCACUACUUCUUCCUCUUCUUUUUCUUCCUCUUUCUCCGCUUCCUCUUCUUCUUUCUCUUUUUUCUUCUUCUGCUUACCCCGCCUCUCCUCCUCUUCCUCCUCCUCCUCCUCCUUCUUUCUCUUCGACUUCUUCCUCCCCAUUUUUUUUUGUUCUUCUUGUUCAAUUUCUCGUUUGA